AUGAAGCUGAAUGUGUUGUUGUGGGUCAUGGCUCUGCUCAGUGCUUUCCUCCCUCGCUCUGCUGACUGUCGACCCGGCGACGCCCCCACCGGCCACCGCCCGCUCCUCCCCCGACCGCUGCUGCUCCACCUGGGGGAGGAGUUCUCCCUCCAUCUGGGUGGAGGUGGAGGAUUCUCUUCUGCUGCGGCUCCAGACCUCCUCUCCUCCUCUUCCUCCUCCUCAAUGGCAAACCGGGCUGUGCUGCAGCUCACACAGCGCCUCCUGCAGGCCCGGGCGGAGCACCGGCGGGAGCAGGAGGUGGAGGAGGAGGAGGAGGCCAGGGAGAAGGGGAAGAGGUCUGAGGAGCCCCCCAUCUCUCUGGAUCUGACUUUCCACCUGCUCAGGGAGGUCCUGGAGAUGGCCCGAGCCGAGCAGAUCGCCCAGCAGGCCGACAGCAACCGCAAGAUGAUGGACGACUUUGGAAAAUAG